GUGAGCUUUGAACUGUAUUUAAGCCUGCUCAUUUUGCAUCUUGGUUGAGACUGACACAGCAUGGCGACUGACACCACACUGGCACCUCUGGGCUCCAUCGAGAACCCGAUCAAGUUUCAGGGCCAAGACUACAAGACUCUCUGUAUGGAGUUUCUGAAGUCUGGUAAGCUGUUUUGUGAUCCAACCUUUCCAGCUGAGGAGAAAUCCAUCGAUAAACCUGAUCUAGACCCAAAGGUCAAACAGGAGAUUGAGUGGCUGCGACCCAAGGAAAUCAAGGAGAAUGCUGUGUUUGUGGACGAGACGUUUGGGACCACGGAUGUGUGUCAGGGCAAACUGAGUGACUGCUGGGUGAUGGCGUCCCUGUCCUGUCUGACUUUGCACCCCUAUAUGUUUGCGAAGGUGGUGCCACCCAACCAAAGCCUGUCUAAGUCUUAUGCAGGGAUUUUCCAUUUUAAGUUCUGGCAGUAUGGUGAGUGGGUGGAGGUGGUUGUGGAUGACAGGCUGCCAGUACGCCAAGGGCGUCUGCUCUUUUGGGGUAAUACAGAAGAGGCGUUGGAAGAUUUCACAGGAGGAAUUGCAUACUCAAAGGAUGUCUCAUCUCAUACCCCUCAGGACCUGUGGAGACGUCUAAAAGGGGCCCUGUCCAGAGGAGGCCUGCUCAGCUGCUGCAUCUUUGCCACCAACGACCUUGAAAAAAGUAAAGUGGAAGAAGCGGGGCUGAUAAUGAAUCAUGCUUACCCCAUCGUUGACUGUGACAAGGUGACUAAAGCCUUUUUGUUGCUGAAGGUGAGGAACCCCUGGGGUUCUUGUGAAUAUUGCGGACCCUGGAGUGACAGUUCUGAAGACUGGGAUGAUGUGGACAAAGCUGAGAGGGACAGGGUUAAGCUGAAGAUUGCAGAAGAAGGAGAGUUCUGGGCACCUGGCAGCACUGCCGGUGGCAGCUACAAGGACACAUAUUAUCAGAAUCCCCAGUUCAAGCUGGUUCUCAAGGAGCAGGACCAGACUGAGGAUGAAGAUAAAACCAGAAAGUGCACUGUGGUGGUGGAGCUACAGCUGAAAAACACCAGGAAGAAUAAAAGUGAUAUUCCCAGCAUAGCCUUUGACAUCUACAAGGUUCCUCCUGAUUUCCAGGGUGUGUGUCUGGACAGUGACUUCUUCAAGCAAAAUAAACCCAUAGAACCUCUUUACAUAUCUAGGACUAUAAGGAAUGUGGUGUGCAAGCUGCGCCUGGACCCGGGUAACUACAUCAUUGUGGCUUUCACUGAGGACCCCAACCAGCCUGGAGAGUUCUUGGUCCGCACUUUCUCCAAGAGAGGAAACACUCUGGGGUCUCACGACUUUACCUGCACCUCUGGCUACCUUCCAGUUAUGGUGACUCCCAUCUCCUCAGAGGAUCAAAUGAGAAUUCAGAAGACCUUUGAUGAGGUGGCCGGCCCAGAUGACAAGCUGAACGCCAAGGAGCUCAUGAACCUUGUGAACUCAGUUCUUAACAAAGAAUACCAUCUGACGCUGGAGACAUGCAAACAGCUCAUCUUUGGAGAGGAUACUAAAGGGCGCUCCCGUCUUGACCGUGAACAAGCAGAAACCCUGCUGUCCAGUCUGCGCAGUCUGCAGUCCAUAUUUUGCCAGUUUGACAAAGACUCUUCUGGGACCAUGAGCCCUUUUGAACUCAGUGCAGUGCUGGAUGCUGUUGGAAUGCAGUGUGACAUCAAGGUAGUCCGGCUGCUCUCUGAGCGGUUUGCAUAUGGAGCACUUCAACUGCCCUUCCACUGUUUUGUGUCGUGCUUCACCAGGCUGCGCAAGCUUUUUGCCCUGUAUGAAGCAGAGACCAGUCAGGAGGUGAAGGACAGAGGGAUCAAUGCUUGGCUGCUUCAGUUUAUGAGUCUUUGAAGACACUUUAUGAAGAGGACCUUCACAUGGACCCAGCAGAGCCACAGUCUACUGCUGAUAUGAAAACACAGACAACAAACUUAAACUGUACUUCAACAUUGUUCUUCCAUAUGUUCCUUAUUACAAGACAACAGCUAAUGCUAUAUCAAGUUAAUGCUUCGCUAUGACAUUGUUUUAUUGUUGAAUCAUCAUGUAUCAGUCUCAUAUCUCAUAACGCUGAUCAUAUCUUAUAAUAUACAUCAUCAUGGAAAGAUUACUGUACAGCCUACCAGGCUCAGGGACCAACUGUCUCAUGGUGGAAAGUCAUUCAGAUGAUUACAGAGGCUCAACAGAAGGAAUGCAAAAUGCAUGAAACAAGUAGAAAGAGAUGCAGAAUGGUCACAAAUAAACACCAAAGAACCAACCACAAAGAAGAA